UUUAUAGAGUUAAGUUACGAUUUGUAUCUUAUUAGUGAUUUUUUUUUUUGAAUGCAAAUGUAGGUGUGGGCAUCCUUUUUUCUUCUUCUAGUACUAAUAAGCAUCAGCAUUAAGGUUUAUUGGUCCAGAGAAUUGGACAGAAAGAAGGAAAUGGAGAAUCAACUUAAGGUGGAAAAGUUCUUGCUAGACUACAACUCUCUGAUGCCAACAAGAUACUCUUAUUCAGAUGUCAAAAGAAUGACCCAACAAUUUAAAACCAAGUUGGGUGAAGGAGGUUAUGGUAGUGUAUUCAGAGGCAGCCUCCCUAAUGGGACUCUUGUUGCUGUAAAGGUUCUUAAAUCUUUUGGAGGUGAUGAUGGGGUUGAGAUUAUUAAUGAAGUCUGUACCAUUGGUCGAAUUCACCACGUCAAUGUGGUUCGCCUUUUGGGUUUUUGCUCAGAAGGGUUCAAGCGAGCUCUACUCUAUGAAUUCAUGCCAAAUGAGUCACUAGAGAAGUUCAUUUUCUCUAAAGAUUCUAAUAAUCCUGCAUUAUUAGGUUGGUUGAAGCUUCAAGAUAUUGCAAUUGGGAUAGCUAGAGGAAUUGAAUAUCUUCAUCAAGGAUGUGAACAACGUAUCCUUCAUUUCGAUAUCAAACCUCAUAAUAUUUUGCUCGACGACAAUUUCAACCCCAAGAUAUCCGAUUUUGGGUUAGCAAAGUUAUGUAUGAAGGGGCAAAGCAUUGUUUCUAUGACAGCAACUAGAGGGACAAUGGGUUACAUAGCACCUGAAGUAUUCUCUAGGAACUUUGGGAAUGUUUCUUACAAAUCUGAUGUCUAUAGUUUUGGAAUGUUGUUGCUAGAAAUGGUGGGUGGAAGGAAGAACAUCGAUGCCACUGUGGAGAACUCGAGUCAAGUGUACUUCCCAGAAUGGAUUUAUAAUCGUCUAGAAACAGGGGAAGAUUUGGGAGUUGAGAUGGCUGUGGAAGGAGAUCCCAAGAUUGCCAAGAAACUAACAAUAGCGGCGAUAUGGUGCAUACAAUGGUACCCAGUAGAUCGUCCGACUAUGAAAACUGUUCUUCAAAUGUUAGAAGGAAAUAUGGAAAGCUUAACAAUGCCACCAAACCCAUUUAAUUCAACAUCAACAUCAGCACCAAAUGUUACCACAUGCUGUCUUGAGAAGAAAUAUGAUACAAAGCUGACAGUUAUAUCUGAGGAAGAGUGAAAUUAUGUUACCAU